ACAGUGUUGAAGAAAGAAUGUUGGAGAAGAUGGUAAGAGCCCUGAGAUCAUGUAAUGGUCGUUCUUUACUGACCAUAGAGGAACUUUCUGUGAUCUCAAAAGACUCAAAACAAAAUCACUGUAGGAUUGUGAGCAGCUUAACUUCUCUUCUGAGACGACUGUCUGUCCAACGUCUGGAUCUUACUGAAUGUAAAAUAGAUGCUGUGUCUGUCACUGCCAUGUUGUGUCUUCAGGGACUCCAGACUAUCAGGUUGUCUAAAGAGACUCUUCAGCAGCUGGUUUCAGUGGUGUAUGAAGCACAGGAUGAUGAACUGACACGCUGCUUUCUGAAGAAGGUGUCUGAAGAUCUGACUUCAUGCUCACUGACCUGGGAAGUGAUUCAGUAUCUGCUGCAACAUCAACCUUUACAAUUAAAGUUAGACUUAAGGAAAAGCAAAAUCACUUGUGAAAACAUCAGACAACUCGUGCCAUGUUUAGACAGAAUCCAGUUGAAAAGGAUGACCCCCAGUUUCAUUCUGUCCAUCAUUAUGGAGAUUUAUGAGAGUCGCUCUCCUCAGUUUGUGUCCGGUCUGUUGAGUUCAGCUGAGAAUGACAUCAACCUGAAGAACAAAGUGUUGAAUUCAGAUCAGUGUUCAGCUCUGUGCUUCACUCUCCAGCACUGUAACACUGUCAAACUCAAUCUGUUCUGGACCUCCAUACCAGAGGAGGAGCUAAAGAGACUUCUGCCCUUACUCAACAGAGUCACACAACUCAGUGUUGACAGACAGCUCUUACUGAAGCUGCUUCAUUGCUGCAGUUCAUCUGAUGACCAACAGGAGGCAGCAAAUCUUCUGCUCUCUGCUCUUCAGUACAGACUGGAUUUCUCCUCCUGCUCAAUUCUGGACCUCACAGUCACAGAGAACCAAAACCAUCUAAACCUGACAAUAAAGGACUGUAGAGUAAUCUCAUCUGUGCUCCAGAAACCUCAAAGUGUUGUAAAGUUGGUUUUAAAGGACUGUGAGGUCUCUGAUUCGGCAGUGAAACGACUUCUUCCAGUUUUGUCUCAGGUUCAGCUCAGCUGUGGUAAAGCUCUUCUGCUGCAGUUUCUAGCUUGUAUUACUGAAGAAACAGAGAAAGGAUCUUUGAGGUGGGUUCAGUCUCUUUGUCAAGCUUUAGGAGGUGAGGUGGACCUCAGUCACACUCAGAUGGAUCAGAGAUCUUGUGAACAGCUGUCAGUGUUUCUGGAAUAUUCUGAUGGAUUGACAGAACUGGACCUCAGUCACUGCAGACUCACUGAUCAAUACAUGAAUCCACUCUUACCACACCUGCACAAGACUCAAACUCUAGAUCUGAGUCACAACAAUAUUACUGAUGAACUAGCAAAGAAAAUACACACUGUUGUUUCCACUCACGACAAUAUUCAGACAGUACGACUCUUUGGAAACAAUAUCAGAGACAGAAAGCAGUUUAGUACAGAAAAGCGGUUUGAACUAUGGUGAAGACACUGGACUGUAAAUUGAUUUGUCAUUUAAGAGGAUAUCAAUGAUCAAAUCCAAUGCAUAAACUUGUAACUCUGCAUGAAACCUGUAUGAACAUAUACAUUUUAAUUUAUAUACACUACCGAAAAUAUAGUUAUGUAUUGGUGGUUUCAGCACUAAAAACGUAAUCAAACGGCUUUCGUCGACCAAGCAUAAUUUCCGGAAAACUUCUGCAAAUAAUCAAUAACAACAAAUGUCUUUCAAAGUAGUUUAUUUCUGUUAACAAGCAAAAUAAAUAACAAGUAGAUUAUCUUAGUUUAAAUCGCAGCUAAAGCGCAUAAAAAUCUACACUGAGCUAACUUAAUGAUGUAAAAUUAUAAAUUGUUAUGUAACUACAUAUCUGCUGCCAAACCUCCACAUAGCAGUGAUCAGGGGCAUCAUGCAUCAAAUUUUUUCAAGGGGGCACAGUGUGCACAGCUACCUUCAUACUGUAUUCAUAAUUAUUAGCAUCAUUUAAACACAUGGUAAACAUCAACUUCUUUUUUACUGCAUUGCAUAUGCGAAAAUCCAAUUUUGCGUGCUUAUGAUACGCCGUUCUUCUUGUUCGCUUGAUAUAAAUGUACCCAGCAAACAUGAAACGUCUGGGAGAUGUCCAGAUCAUGUCUGUAUAACGUCUGUUAGUUCAGACCCACUUUUAAACGGCUGCUGGAUGGGUAAUAGAAGGUCAGUGUCUGGAUGUAUGUUUAGUUCACCUUAUGUGUGUCUUUGGAAGGGCAGUACAGGUUCAGCGUAGGGACGUCACUCUUGCUCCACUUUUGGAUGUCUGUGAAUGUGCCAAAAAGUUUCAGUGUGUGAACAUCUGUUUGGUUCACCUUAUGGGCAUCUGUGGACAUGCAGUACAGGUUCAGUGUAUGAACGUCAGACUACGACCUCUUAAGCAGGUCUGUGGACAUGCUAAGUAGGGUCAGUGUCUGGACGUCACUCUUGCUCCACUUUUGGAUGUCUUUGGAUGUGCCACAAAGGUUCAGUGAAUGAACGUCUGUUUGGUGCACCUUAUGGGCGUCUCUGUACGUGCAUUACAUGUUCAGUGUAUAAACGUCGGACUACGACCCCAUAAGGUGGUCUGUGGACAUGCUAAAUAGGGUCAGUGUCUGGACGUUACUGUUGCACUUCUUUUAAAUGUCAGUGGAUGUGCCAAAAAAGUUCAGUGUAUGAAUGUCUGUUUGGUUCAUCUUAUGGGCGUCAGGUUCAGUGUAUGAAUUGACACCCUAUGUCUCCUCCACCAUGGCUCCUCCCUCCUUCCACUCCUCCAUGGCUCCUCAAGCUGGCUAAGGUCUGUGUUGCCAUGCUCUGGACUGCAUCUGUAUUCCUCUUAGGAUUAGGAUUCUAUAUACUCAUCAUUAUCUUCAUUCAUUGUCUGUUCUUGUCUGUGUUUUUAUGUGCAUUUACCCAUCACCUGUCCAAAAUUAUUUAUUUAGUAAUCCCUGUUAUCCUACACGCCAUUCAUACACAUACCGUGACACAUAUAGGUUUCUGCAGACCUAUACAUGAUUAAACAUUUUAUGAAUGUCUUUUAGACAUCUGCAAGUGGCAUUUGGAAUGAUGUAGUAAAAAUGUCUUUUAGAACCCUGUAACGAAAGACGUCCUUUUAAAUAUUUAAAAAAAAUGUCACAACAAAGUGGCCACUGGCUCCCCAGUAAAUGUCUGUUAAACGUUCAACAAGCAUGUCAAUAGGACGUCUAAUUUCAACACAAAAGAAAAUUUGUUGUUUGAAAGUUGUCUCUGUUUCCCCAGUGGAUGUCUUUUGAACGUUUAACAAGCAUGUCAGUAGGACGUCUGAUUUUAACAAAAAAAAAUGAUGUCUAAAAAAAGAUGCCUCACUUUCAUUCUGGCUACUCAGUGGACGUCUUUUAAACAUUAUACAAAAGAUGUUAUAAUGGUGUCUUUUCAGAUGUGUUUUUUUCUCAGUGGGUAUUAAUAAAUGCUGAAAUUAACAUUAACUAAGAUUAAUAAAUGCUGCAGAAGUAUUGAUCAAUGUUAGUUCAUGUUAGCUACUGCAUUAACUAAUUGUUAACAAAUGCAACCUUAUUGUAAAGUCUUAUCAAAAACAUAUUUAUAAAAAAAUAUUUUUGGGAACACAUUUUUGCAUCACAUUUGAAGAAAUGAACUUUGAACUAUCAUCAUUGAAUCAAGUUAAUUCGUGACCAGUGCUGUUGCUUCUGGGUUUGUAUAAUUUAUUAAUAAUUAAUUGCAUACAGAAUGAAGCAUUUGAUUAAAACAGCAAAAACUGCAUAAUCCACUUGGCUCAAAUGUUUCAAUGGGCAUGAUGCCUCUGGUCCAGUCUGCAACAAAAUAUAACCAUACGCCUAUACACAAUGUAAACAAGAGUCUUUGGGUACACACCAAAAAAAAGUUUUUACACCGUAACAUAAGAUUUUCAAAAUGUGAUGGGUAAAAAAAUCCUAGAUUUAACCGUUUUGCUCCUAUAAUGUGUGGUAUGCCAUGAUAUCUCAAAGACAGCACACCACACACGAACAGAUUUUCAACCAGUCUCGACUGUGAACACAGGAAAUCACACCAGGGGAAAAUCUGAUAAAAUAAUCUGCAGAACCAUAAAGAUAAUCGAGACAUAGUUCGAAGGGGGGGAUUUGGCUGAAAAUCAGCCUGAUUAUCUUUUGGUGUGUACCCAGCAUUAGUUUCACCAACUUCGUAAUAAUAAUAACUAGAGGUUAAAGUUUGUAAAUAAACUUUGAUGUUGGCUUGACAAACGCCCCGGCUAAAUGUGCAUGUGAAUUUGCCAGGCCGUAACCUGUCUUUUCAGUGUCACUCUCUCAAUAUGUUCGUAUUUAAUGGUUAUGUAGAUGACAUCUUAAAAAAAAAACAAUUCAACGAUUAGCAUGAGUAGAUUACAUAUAAAGUCAACGCAAACUCGUGCAGAACAAAUCGAAUAACGUUAAUCGGGUGGCACGAUUGCCACGAAAACAUGCAGUUUGCCUCAAACACGUCUUUAUGCAAGUUGAAAAUAUUCAACUCAAGCAAAAAAUUAGCAUGAAGUUAAAUUCCGCUUAUUAAGUACGAGCACAUAUUCUAUAUACACACUUAUUCCUGUUACAGAUGCUUAGUAACAUUUAUUGUGAAUUACAGUGCAUGUUAAUAUGGUAACUAAUUUCAUUGUAGUAUGCUGCUUUUAAAUAAACAUAUCUUUAAAGCAAAA